ACAACAACCCAGAAAAACUCUAUUAUUGAAAUAUUAGCACCCGUGCUUGACGUUGAUGGCAUUGAACUCGUGGAUAUUGAGACACGCGGGCGAACCCUGCGGUUACUCAUUCAUAAGCAAGGUGGUCUUUCGGUAGUGGAUUGCCAAGCAGUGAACCAUAUCGUACACCCGAUCUUAGAAGUCCAUGAGCAUUUAGCGAGUUACACACGAUUGGAAGUCGCUUCACCCGGGAUAGAUAGACCUUUGCAGACCGCCAAGGAUUUUCGGCGAAAUUGUGGGCGUACUGUUCAGAUAGAAGUCGCCUCGGAAUCGGAAAAUGAACACGGAUAUCAUGUACAAGGCACAGUUGUAGAAGUACAUCCAGAGAGCGUCGUCUUGGCGCAAACUGGCGGAAAGAACAUCUCUGUUCAGAUUUCACAAAUUCGCACAGCACACAUACAUCUGAAAUGGUAACUGGCAAGAGCGAAGGAUGCACAUCGCACGCUAUGUAAAAAAUUGGAAAGGAGUACGCGGACUGAAAUGAUAUAACUUGUUGUUUGCAAGUCUAUAUGAAAUAAGAGCCCGCGAACAUUAUUUAUGUUAGAGAAUCUCCAAAAUGCUAUUCGUCAAAAUACUGCGCAGACGGAUUUACCUGAACAGGUUUUUAUUGAAGCAAUAGAAGAUGCGCUCUGUGCUGCUGCACGCCGGGUUUACGGUCCCGAUGCCAAUGUUUCUGUUGAGGUUAAUUUGGAAAAAGGUGAUAUACGCUGCUACGUCCCAAAAAAAGUCGUUGAUAUUAUGCGUGAUUUUUCCACAGAGAUUCCGAUUGAAGAAGCAGUGAAACUUCAGGGCGAUAUUGAACUCGGUCAGAUGUUGAAGGUCGAAAUCAAUCCGACCGAGUUUGGUAGGAUUCCGGCACAAUUAGCGAAGCAAAUCCUUUUCCAAAGGAUCAAACAAGCUGAACGUGAAAGAGUCUAUCAGGAGUUUGUUGGCCGCGAAGGUGAGGUCGUUACGGGUUAUGUCCAGCGUUUUGAACGAGGUGGUAUCAUCUUGGAUCUUGAGCAGACGGAAGCCUUUUUACCACCACGCGAGAUGCCAAGGUCGCAGAAUUAUGAACGUGGCAAACGUUUGCAAUGUCUGAUUUUAUCGGUAAAAAAUGAGGCGCGUGGUGCGCCUGUCAUAGUAUCUCGAACCCAUAGCGAUCUAAUCGCAGUAUUGUUUGAGCAAGAGGUCCCUGAAAUCUAUGAGGGGCAGGUGCGUAUUGUGGCAAUUGCACGUGAUCCGGGCAAUCGUGCGAAGGUGGCUGUUCAAGCGACAGAGGAGGGCAUAGAUGCUGUUGGCACGUGUGUCGGUGUUAAGGGAACCCGCGUCCAAAAUAUUAUUAGCGAACUUGAUGGCGAAAAAAUAGAUCUUGUUGAAUGGAGCGAGGAUAUAAGCGCUUUUAUUGCUAAUGCCUUGGGGCGUCGCGCCUCUGUGCGUAGAGUAGAACUUGACGAUGAAAAUAAAAGCGCACGCGUCAUUGUGCCGGACGAUCUACUCUCCUUAGCUAUUGGUCAACGUGGACAGAACGCGAGGCUCGCUGCAAGGUUGACGGGUUGGAAAGUUGACAUAAAGGGAGAAUCCGAAGCGACUGUUUCGAUGAACGAACUCUUUAAACCGGAAGAACCUCAUAAAACAGAUGAUGACGCACUGGACAGUCCAGAAGACGGGACUGAGGAAAAUCUUGAAGAGCAAAUUGCCGAUGCGCCUAAUUCAAUGGAUGCUGAUCAUUCUGUUGACUCAGCUGAGGAUGUUGAGGUAGAUGUGGAUGUGGAUGUGGAUACCGCUGAGGAUGUUGAGGUAGAUGUGGAUGUGGAUACCGCUGAAGUUGAGGCACUGGAAACUUCUGACGAGGAGAAUAAUCUGCUGUUCAAAAAAGUGGGUGAAGUGGUUGACGGAUGUUAUUCGCACUUGUAUUGGGUGCCGUGGAAAAUUUUCGCAAAAAAUAUUAAUACGAUUUGUAGGUCAGAAGAAUGAAACACUACGAAUUGACAACCACAAAAAAUUGCACGGGCGCGGGGCUUAUGUCUGCCUCUCUCAACCUUGCAUUCAGAAAGCGUUUAAGUCUCCAAGACGGAUUAAUUCUUUAUUACGUGUGCAACUGACAAACGUGGUUAUAGAGCGGUUUGAGAAAGUCCUUCUUGAAUGGACCGAGAGAUCCGCCAGCACAAUAGGAAAAAAGGAGGAGUUAUCAUGAGAAAAGCACCGCGACAGCGGCGAAGAUCCGCCAAAGAAAAUCCUGAAAGAAACAAGAUCAGGGUACACCAGUUCAUGAAUUGGCAAAGCAAUACAACCUAACAACCAAGGAACUUAUCGCUCUCUUGGCGGAACGUGGUGUUCGCGUUAAAAACGAUAUGAGCUCCCUUGAUUCAGAUACCGUCGCCUUGAUUGAAUCUGA